UAGAAAGUUUUGAGAAAAGCUGGAUUCUUCCUCCCUUUUAUCCCAAAAUACAGUAGUUACAGCACUUAGAAAGACAGGUCAGAUAAAGAUCUGUCACAGCCUUAGGGAACAAGAAUAACUAACUUCCUCAUCAGUAUUCUUAUGAUAGGUUAGAUGCCUCUUUACCCCACCAGAUCCAGGGUGUAAUUUGGUCUUUCAGAACAUCACGCAACGGCACUAUUUAUCAUAGAAUACUUCCACUCCUUAAAUACUGCCAAACAAGCAGCAUGUAAACAAGCUCUCCUAUACACACAGAUCUCACACAGAACUCUACUGCUGCUCCUUUUAUUGUCACAAGCUUCUGGCAGUGAAUCAGCAGGAGACAGAGCAGGAACUGCAGCAGGAGUCCAAGCAGAGCCCCAAGAUGUGGAGCCUCCUGGUGCUGCUCUGCUCCCAAGGAGUUGCCUUUUCAGAGGGAUUCACAGCAGCCUUCACUCCAGGUGCUGACACAAGCCUCUGCAAGAAGAGCCGCAACCCCGAAUGCUUCAUGAAUGUGAGUGAAAUUAUCAGAUAUCAUGGAUUUCCCAGUGAGGAAUAUGAAGUUACAACAGAGGAUGGAUACAUUCUUAGUGUUUUCAGAAUUCCUGCUGGAAGGAACAGCCAAAAUACAGGGAAGAAGCCUGCAGUCUUGCUACAUCAUGGCAUUUUAUCAGAUUCUAUUCACUGGAUUGUCAACCUGCCAAACAACAGCUUGGGCUUCAUCCUUGCAGAUGCUGGCUAUGAUGUCUGGCUGGGAAACAGCCGAGGAGACACCUGGUCUUUAAAACACAAGACCCUUAAGCCUUGCCAGAAGGAGUUCUGGCAGUACAGCUUUGAUGAAAUAGGUAAAUACGAUAUUCCAGCAGAGCUGAACUUCAUCAUGAAUAAAACUGGACAGAAGGAUGUUUACUAUAUUGGUCACUCUGAAGGGUCAGCUGCAGGCUUCAUAGCAUUUUCUACUUAUCCUGAUUUGUCUCAGAAGAUUAAAGCAUUCGUUGCUUUGGCACCAGUGACCACCACCACACAUGCUACCAGUCCUCUGGUAAAGUUUACACGGCUUCCCCAGUCACUGAUCAGGUUACUUCUUGGCUGCAAAGGGGUUCUUCACUACAAUGAGCUGAUGAAAGGACCUGUAACACAGUUCUGUGCAUGUCUGGGAAAAGUUUGUGGCAGGAUCUUCUCCUACCUGGUUGGGGGCGGGAUACAAAAUAUGAACACGAGUCGAACAGAUUCAUAUGCAGGACAUUACCCAGCUGGAACAUCAGUACAGAACGUUAUUCAUUGGCAUCAGAUCCUUCGUGCAGACCAAUUUCAAGCUUACGACUACGGCUGUAAGGAAAAUAUGAAGAAAUACAACCAGACUGCUCCUCCUGUGUACAACAUAGAGGAAAUAAAGAUACCAAUUGCUGUUUGGAGUGGUGGGCAGGACACGUUUGCAGAUCCAAAAGACAUGGCAAAGCUGCUUCCUCGGAUUACCAAUCUCAUUUACCAUGAGCAUUUUCCUUCAUGGGGACAUCUUGAUUUCAUCUGGGGCCUUGAUGCAACUGAGAAAAUGUAUCUGAAAAUCAUUGAAAUACUAAAAAAAUAUGCUUAAAGUUCCACAGAAGGAUUUAAUUCAUGCAGUAGAAACUCCAGAGCUUUCUAUUUAGCAGUUGAUUAUUGGGAUAAGGACAGGUAUAGAGGUUUACACACUAAUGACAAUUGGUUUGCAAUAUUUUUACAUUGCUUUCUAUGGUGUUACACUAUUUUGGUGAUUGCAGCCUUUCUGAAGAAGCUGAGGUACCUGUGAAUGACCACUGAAAAUACAAAUAUAUUAGACAGAAAACUUCAGGGAUCCCUUGCUUUGGAAGACUUCACGUUUUAUAUGACUGAUUUUGUUAAGAUUACUUUUUCUAAUUCAUUAUUGAUCUGUAUUGCAUCUUUCCCUUGAGACAAAGAUGGUUUCCCCUGAAAACCCAAAAUGGGAGAGAAUUUCUCUGUUUACUGAA